UCUGUUUAUUUAUAACCUCUUGUCCUCUAUUUAAAUUACUGUUAUUUUCCUGUCAGAGUGUCGUCAACUCCGAGACUGUCCAAAGACCCCGGUGCGCCUCUCGCUGCCUGUGCUGCCGGGCUGCCUCCCAGCCCCUGUGAGCAGCGUGACCUGGCAUCUCCGUCCCCCCGCGCACGGCACCGUGGAGCUGACCUCCCCCGCCGGCCCCCUCAGACAGUCCCUACCUGGGCAGCUGUGCAACGACAGCCUCAUCAUCAAAGUGGCCGAAGACGACGGCACAGAUAUCGGACACUUCUGUCCUCAGGGAGCCAUACAGAAGAUCCAGAUCCACACCAACAUGUCUGUCACCGUAUCCAACACGGGGAGGAACGCACUGAAGACAUGUUACAAGAACGUGCUGGACGCAUGUUUUAAAGACGAGAUAUCGGAGAGAUAUAUCUUCACUGUAUCUUCAAAGAAAAAUGCCCCCGUCCUCUUGGCCACUCCCGGUUGGCCGGAGGGAAUGAAAUCUCAAGUCACCGUCUCUUGGAUCGUCUCCGUGCCACCGAAGAUGGAGGCGCACCUGAUGUUUGCCAACGUCAGCCAGCCCAAGUGCAGCCUCCGCCACACCAAGAUCAGGGUGCAGAGGGUCGGCCGCCGGGAGGAGGACUACAGCCGCAGGGAGGAUGAGGAGGCUGAGGAGGAGAUCACAGUCUCGGAGAGAUUCUACCUCAACAUGUCCAACUGCAUGCCUGAGAGAGGAAUAUUCAGCGUCAUCACCAAGAUCACGUUGCGGGAGAGCAAGAGUAAGAGAGUAAUGUUGCAGGGUUAUUUACUAUACAUCAACUCUAACUUUCUUUUUUAUAUUUGGACAGUAAUUUACUAG